AUGAACGAGUUGAACGUGAAGUUUAAGGGAAAAGACCACACCAUUGCAGGCAUGCCCACAGAUAGAGAGACAUCCCAGACUAGGGCUGCUGAGGCAGAGUCUUUUCAUUUACGGAUUCCAGAAGAUUUACAAAGUAAGCUCAAGAAAUCAUGGACAAGUUCAAUAGGAGAUAAUGAAAUGUUUUGGAAAUAUGAAUGGUCGAAGCAUGGAACAUGUUACUACGAUGGGAAGAAGCAUAGGAAAUUUACAUACUUCAAUACAACAUACAACUUUUGGAGUGGAUUUAACCUUUUUAAUACACUCAAGGCAGAAGGGAUUGUCCCUGUUACAGGAGGCAAGCAGUACACUACAGAGGCUGUAACAAAAUCCAUCAAAAAAACAUGGGGAUGA